AGUUCUAUGCACACACAGAGAAGAGGCGAUAAACCCAUACAGCUUCUGGGUACAGCCCCGAGGACACGCCUACAUGUCAUGUGACCCGGCAGCUGCUUCCGUCUCUCCUACAUCCGGGUUGUUGUGGUGAGAGCGGCAGAGACAGUGAAGCUAUAAAUGCUGGGGAAUGUGCUGAUGGAUUGGUGACCCCUUUUUUCUUAUCUUGAAAUUUCCCUUCACUUUCCAUGAUGAGUAAACUACCAGGUGAUCUUCAGUCUGAUCUGGAACGAAGUCUUCCAGCUAUCGCCUCCAUCAAUUCAUCACUAAGCCAAAGCCUGUCGCCUCAGUUUUUCCUACCCCCAGAACAGCGCAGGACCAUUUCUGAUGUUCGUCGGACAUUCUGCCUUUUUGUCACAUUUGACCUUCUCUUCAUCUCUCUUUUGUGGAUCAUUGAGCUCAAUACUAAUAAUGGGAUUGAGAAGAACCUGGAAAAUGAAAUUAUCUACUACAAGUUCAGCACCUCAUUCUUUGACAUAUUUCUUCUAGCAGUGUUCCGGUUUUCUGUCCUCCUCAUGGGUUAUGCUGUGUUUCGUCUACGCCACUGGUGGGCCAUUGCUAUUACAACCUUGGUGACCAGUGCAUUUCUUAUUGCUAAAGUCAUAAUGUCACAGCUUCUAUCUAAGGGGGCAUUUGGGUACUUGUUGCCCAUAAUGUCUUUUGUUUUAGCCUGGCUGGAGACAUGGUUCCUGGAUUUCAAGGUUCUUACGCAAGAGGCCGAGCAGGAGAGAUGGUAUCUGGCUGCUCAGACUGCUGCCCUUCGCCCUCCUCUUCUGUACCCAGGGGCAUUCUCUGAUGGACAGUUUUAUUCCCCACCAGAGUCCUUUGCAGGGUCAGACAAUGAAUUUGAUGAUGAGGAUGAUGAAGCUGUGGGGAGGAAGGCAGUUACUGCACAAGAACGGGAUUAUGUGAGGAAGGGCAAGGAGGCCAUGGAAAUUGUUGAGCAGAUACUCGCUCAGGAAGUCAAUUGGAAAUAUGAAAAGAGCAAUGAAGUUGGAGACCUUGUGUCUACACUUGACAUCCCUUUUCAUGGAAAGACUUUUAUCUUAAAGGCUUUAAUUCAGUGUCCUGCAGAAGUUGUAUACCAAGAGGUUAUAUUACAACCUGAGAAGAUGGUCUUGUGGAACAGGACUGUGGCUGUGUGUCAGGUCCUCCAGCGUGUAGAUGAUAACACCCUUGUAUCAUAUGAUGUAGCAGCAGGAGCAGCAGGUGGGGUGGUGUCCCCUAGGGAUUUUGUGAACAUACGACGCAUUGAAAGAAGAAAAGAUCGGUACAUUUCAGCGGGCAUUGGAGGAACUCAUCCUUCCAGACCUCAACUUACAAAAUAUGUUAGGGGAGAGAAUGGACCAGGUGGCUUUGUUGUUUUAAAGAGCUCCCGGAACCCAUCCGUCUGCACUUUUAUCUGGAUCCUCAACACUGAUUUGAAGGGUCGGCUACCUCGCUACCUCAUUAACCAAAGCCUGGCUGCUACCAUGUUUGAGUUCUGCAGCCAUUUGCGCAAGAGAGUCAGUGAAGUUUACAGCGGGCCAGUAUAGAAUUGCUUCCAAAAAGAAGACUGAAUCUGCGCUGCCUCCCAUCUGCUUGAUGAAGCACUGACAGCAGCUGCUAUUUGCACACUAAUCUUUUGUUAUAAUUAACAGGAUGAAGGACUGUCCCAUCCAGCAUACUCGUAUCCCCUGUGUCUUCUGAAAUCUUAUGCUCGCCUUUCCAGUGCAUGUCAUCACUAGAAGAAAGAGUUUGGUUUCCAAUGUCCAUUAAGGCAUCUUUGGGGAAUUUUCAAUGUACCAUAUUGAAUUGUGAAGUUGGGGUGCUGAUGGUUGACGCACCUGUUCCUGAAAUGUUGGUCGCUGUAUUCUUGGAAAAGACCUCCAUAAGCAGGUGAACGGAGCCAGUAAUCAAAUCGAAUUUUGUUUUUUUUUCUUUUUUAACUGACUGACAGGGCUUCCUGCUUGAUUUGAGAAUGAUGUUUACCCCAUGCUGGGCAUGGAGGUUUAACCUUUCAGAAGAAUUUUUAAUGGUUUGCAGAGGUCCAGUUUACAAGUGACUAUGCUCACAGUACAUUUCUAACCAUCUUUAAGCUGUAAUGUUUGAGGAGGUGGACACUUUGGACAAGUAACUAGAGUGGAUGCACUGAUUAUUGGGGAGAAGAUAUCCAUUUAUUCACAAGUCUGUUUGUUUGUUUUUUGUUUGUUUUUUUAACGCCUCCUUUUCCAAAAAAUACAGGUAACCAGGCGUUAACAUAAACACGUCUUAACAUUGUAUUUUGCUAGAAGCACAGAAGUUAUUGAUCACACUUUUAUUUUUUUAAUGUGAAACCAGUCAGUGCCUACCACUCAGAUGUAAGUGAUUAAUGCAACGGAUAACUAUUUAUUCCAGAGGUGAAUUUGCAGUGGGACUUCACGACUUCACGACUUCCACUACACAUUUUUGUACCAAUAUAGCAAAAAUUAUAGAUAAGGCAUUUGAGCGAAAUGAUCACUUUUGUAAAUAACAAUCUCUUAUUUUGUGCGUGUUACUCUUUCGUAAAGUGUGCUGUGCCAAAAGGAAAUGUUCAAUUUUGCUUUCUGCUUUGUAGAAUUUAUAGGCACGCAGAAUGCUGUAACAAUGUGAACAUUCCUAUGUCAAUUACUGUAUGCAGAAAACAAUGGCUGCUAGCCAAAUUUGACCAGAUCCUACGCGGCACAAACAGUACAUUAAAAUCCCAUAUAGGCAUAGUGAAUGUUAUUUACAAAGUCUGUUAUUUCCCUGUCUUAUCUCGCAAUAUGAGCUCUGUCAGAAAAAUGUUGUUUCUUUGAAUGAUCAUAAUUGGGAACGUCUCUUGUAAUGAGGAGGAGAUGAUAGCAGCAUAGAAUCUUAAUUAUGGACCUCCUGGGCUAGCAUGAAGCAAUCAUGCUUGGUGUCUUGGUUUUUGGGGUCCACUUUAGUGGCAUAAUAGGUUGUACAGGCAGUAUAGUUGUUCAUGGUUCACUUGAUUCUGAAUUCAUAGGCUCAAUUCAUAAAGCCAACACACCAAGAUAAUGAUAUAUAUUUUUUAUUUUUAAAUGACAGUUUAAAAAAGUACAAUGAAAUUUGAAAAUUCCAGUCAUAUGGCUAAAAUAAAGAUACUUAUUCUUGUGUUGAUGCUUUGUGAAGUAAACCUAUGAUCUCUAAUGAAAUCAGAUCUGCUGAUUGAUUCACUCAUGUUUGAUACCAACCUUCUUGUGUUGUAUUGUUGUACUACAGCUUCCACCAUACUCAACAUCUAAUAUUGUAGGUCAUAGGAAGGUUAUUAGAACCUGUGUUACAUUAGCCACUCGCAGGUGGUAAAGGAUUUUAUGCAAAUCAUUCCCUGAUGUGAAAUCUGCCAUUAUUGGAAAACUUUGCUGAUCAAUGUCAUGUUUGUUUUUUGAUUUAAAUGAGAUGCAUAUUGGAUGUGUUUGUUUCUUUUCUAACAAAUACUGAUUCAUACUUUAACAAUCUUUUUUGAAAAAAAAUCUUGAUAAAAAUUUAAUUCUG